AUGUAUUUAUUACAACGAAAUUAUUUAGGAGUGUUAACAAUAAUUCUAUUAUCGAAUUGUUCGAUAAAUUGUGAAAUAAUUUUUUGGAGUCAUAAUCAUUUAGAAAAUAUUGCACCAAGUCCUUUAACAAUUUUUAAUAAUGAUUAUUUUCAUUUUAUGUUAGAUAUUCUAAAACCAGAAAAGGUUAUUGCAUUUGUUGAUAAUACUUCCAAUCAUUCAACAAUUGCAAAAUUAAAUUUACCAAAGUUUCGACAACUUGUUGAAAGUCGUAUAUCUGUUUAUAUACCAGAAAAUUUACCAAUACAAUUGGAUAGUUUUUCAACAGUUUAUGUGGAUGGUACAGACGCAGAAAAAGAUCAUCAAAUUGCUGAUAAAUAUUUAAAAUUAUUAAAUGAAUACAAUGCUGACAAUAUCUUGGCAAUAUUAAUAAAAAAUAAUUAUGCCUUAGAAAAACACAAUAUUGUACGACGUGCAGUACGUAAUAACAAAUUACCCGAUUAUGGACCAGGAAUUUAUUAUGCAAAAGAAAAAGCAAUGCUUUAUAGUAGUUUAUAUCCGGUAUUACGUUUAAGUGAAAAUGAUACCGAAAAUGUAUAUACUUUAAAAAAGGCUGCGUUAGUUACAGCGGAUAAACGAGAUCAAAUAACUCGUUUAAUAAUUACCUUCUCAUUAGAAGAAGCCGAAAAAGUUGUUUUGAGAUUUCGUUUUCUUACCACAAGUAAUGGUUAUUGGUCAUUACAAAUUGUGGAACUACAAGAUACUAACCAUAAAGAUUGGACAUUAAGUACUACACAAGAUAUAUCAGCUGCACGUGGAUUUUCAUUUCAUUGUAGUGGUUUAACAGUGUUUCGAAAUGGGACUACUACAUUAACUUUAACAAAUAUUCAAGUACAACCGGCUCCAAUAGCGAAACAACGUUUUAAUGAUGCGUAUGAUUGUGUGAACUUUACAACAAUUCCAAUAUGGUCUGGAUUAUUGGUAACAGCUAUAUUAGGUGUGGCAUUAUCCUUUGCUAUUAUUGCAAUAUCAAAUAUACGAACAAUGGAUCGAUUUGACGAUCCCAAAGGGAAACCGUUAACGAUAAGUGUUGAUUAAGAAAAAGUAUAUGUUUUUUAUUAACGCAACAAAUUUUAAAUUAGCUCGAUUAUUUGUGUUGUUUUUUGUUUUCAGUGAAUUCGAUUCUCUUAAAAAAUAAUUGUAAGCCAUCAUUCUUUUACAUUGGGCUAGUCAAUCGGAGUAUUAAUAAUAAUUACAAUGAUAAUAAUAAUAAUAAUGGGGUCUAACCUCCCUUUUUUAGACAUAUAUACGUCUGUAAAAGUGGUCACCCACAUCAUUAUUUUUAAUCUACAUUUGUUUUAAAUUGCAUUGGAAUUUAUACAAAUAAUUAAAUUUAUGACGUGGGCUUAGUUCUUAUACAAGCGACGACUUUGUGAUUAAUUUACCGCCCCAUUAAUUAUAAUUGAUUGGACUGCCGGAUUCCAAACUGCAACCUUCCAGCCACUGAGCCAAUUAGAACAUUAGAUUCUUACUCUAUUUCCAUUGUACCUUUAAGGAAAGGAAGUUUGGCAUUCAUAGACAAGCGGCCGUGCUCUAUCUGGUUUUGAUUUUAAAUCUGCUUUCGAAAAAUUAAGAUUGAUAAAAGAAAGUGAUUUUGAAUGAAAACUAUUUGUUUUGUAUUAUUUAAAUUACUACAAAAUAAAAGGUCUUUCUCGAAAAAGUGAGUAAAAAAUACGAACCCAUAUUCGUAGGUACGGGUAUUUAGCCAAUUUGCCACUUACGUACCUACGUUAGCACGACUUCUGUUUUCAAUGACUUUUUUAAAACACAAAAACAAUCGGUCAUGGUAAGCCUUCAAUUUUCUUUAUUAUUGAAUUUCUCUUCAACAAUGACAAAAGUUUU